AUGAAAUCGUCGAGUUUUGAUGCGAGCAGUUCAAUCAGUGUAUCCCCAUCCUUCAUAGUGGUGUCCAGUAAGACUUCGGAGGAAAGGACACUUGAGGUGUCAUCAGGAAGGUCAGUGUUGGGAUCACCUUCAUCGCUAGCAUUUUCGCGUACUUUGAGUGUGAGCAGAGAAAGCCAGAGAUCGUCAUCUUCAAUAGUGGCUUCCAGGCUGUCCAGUCUGCCAUCAGAGCACAGCACAGUCAAACUGUCUUCAGAGAGAUCAGAGCUCGUGUCACCUUCAUUGCUUGUGCGAUCGUCCACUGUGGGUAGUAGCAGAGAAAGCAGCAGCUCACUGUUUGAAACAAUAGAGUCCGUUGUAAGAUCAGAAGAAAGCACACUGAGAGCAUUUUUAGAGAGCUUGUUGCCAGUAUCACCAUCGUCAGUUGCGUCCUUGUCGACUUUUGUUGUUAGCAGAGAGAGCAAGAGAUCCUCAUCAGCAGCUUUAGUCUCCAGUGUGGCAUCAAAACAAAGCAUAGUUGGACAGUCAUUUGCAAGUUCAUUGCUGUUGUCACCAUCAUCUGUUGCAGUAUUUUCGACUGAUGGUAUUAGCAGGCAAAGCAGCAGAUCGUUAUCACCAGUAAUAGUGUCCAGUUUGUCACCAGAUGAGAGUACAGUAAAGGUGUCUUCAGAGAGGUCAUUGCUGGAAGUGCCAUCCUCGGUAGUGAAAUCGUCGACUUUUGAUGUGAGCAGCUCAAUCAGUGUAUCCUUAUCCUCCAUAGUAGUAUCCAGAAAGACUUCGGAGCAAAGGACAGUUGAGGUGUUAUCAGAAAGGUCAGUGUUGGGAUCACCUUCAUCGGUAGCAUUUUCGUCUACUUUGAGUGUGAACAGAGAAAGCCAGAGAACGUCAUCUUUAAUAGUAGCUUCCAGUCUGUUCAGUCUGCCAUCAGGGCACAGCACAGUCAAACUGUCUUCAGAGAGAUCAGAGUUCGUUUCACCUUCAUUGCUUGUGCCAUCGUCCUCUGUGGGUAGUAGCAGAGAAAGUAGUAGCUCCCAGCUAGCAACAAUAGAGUCCAGUGUGACAUCAGAACAAAACACACUGAGAGCAUCUUUAGAAAGCACGUUGUCAGUAUCACCAUCGUCAGUUGCAUCCUUGUCGACUUUUGUUGUUAGCAGAGAGAACAAGAGUUCGUCAUCAGCAGUUCUAGUCUCCAGUGUGGCAUCAAAGCAAAGAACAGUUGCACAGUCUUUUGCAAGUUUAUUGCUGCUGUCACCAUCAUCGGUUGCAGUAUUGUUGACUGAUGGUAUUAGCAGGGAACGCAGUAGAUCGUUAUCACCAGUAAAAGUGUCCAGUUUUGUAUCGGAUGAGAGUACAGUGAAGUCGUCUUCAGAGAGGUCAUUGCUGGAAACACCAUCGUCGGUAGUGAAAUUGUCGACUUUUGAUGUGAGCAGUGCAAUCACUGUAUCCCCAUCUUCCAUAGAGGUAUCCAGUAAGACAUCGGAGCAAAGGACAGAUGAGGUGUCGUCAGAAAGGUCAGGGUUGGGAUCACCUUCAUCGGUACCAUUUUCGCGUACUUUGAGUGUGAGCAGAGAAGGCCAGAGAUUGUCAUCUUUAAUAGUAGCUUCCAGUUUGUCCAGUCUACCAUCAGAGCACAGCCCAGUCAAACUGUCUUCAGAUAGAUCAGAGUUCGUGUCACCUUCAUUGCUUGUGCCAUUGUCUACUGUAGGUAGUAGCAGAGAAAGCAGGAGCUCCCUGUUAGCAACAAUAGAGUCCAGUGUGACAUCAGAACAAAGCACACUGGGAGCAUCUUUAGAAAGCUCGUUGCCAGUAUCACUAUCGUCAGUUGUGUCCUUGUCGACUUUUCUUGUUAGUAGAGAGAGGAAGAAAUCGUCAACAGCAGUUUUAGUCUCCAGUGUGGCAUCAAAGCAAAGCACAGUUGGAAAGUCUUUUGCAAGUUUAUUCCUUUUGUCACCAUCAUCGGUUGCAGUAUUGUCGACUGAUUAUAUUAGCAGGGAAAGCAGCAGAUCGCUAUCACCAGUAAUAGUGUCCAGUUUGGCAUCGGAUCAGAGUACAGUGAAGGCGUCUUCAGAAAUGUCAUUGCUAGAAGUGCCAUCGUCGGUAGUGAAAUUGUCGACCUUUGAUGUGAGCAGUGCAAUCAGUGUAUCCCCAUCCUCCACAGUAGUAUUCAGUAAGACUUCAGAGCAAAGGACAGUUGAGGUGUCAUCAGAAAGGUCAGUGUUGGGAUCACCUUCAUCAGUAGCAUUUUUGUCUACUUUGAGGGUGAGGAGAGAAAGCCAGAGUUCGUCAUCUUCAAUAGUAGCUUCCAGUCUGUCCAGUCUGUCCAGUCUGCCAUCAGAGCAAAGCACAGUCAAACUAUCUUCAAAGAGAUCAGAGUUCGUGUCACCUUCAUUGCUUGUGCCAUCGUCCACUGUGGUUAGUAGCAGAGAAAGUAGCAACUCCCAGUUAGCAACAAUAGAGUCCAGUGUGACAUCAGAACAAAGCACACUGAGAGCAUCUUUAGAAAGCUCGUUGCCAGUAUCACCAUCGUCAGUUGUGUCCUUGUCGACUUUUGUUGUUAGCAGAGAGAGCAAGAGAUCGUCAUCAGCAGUUUUAGUCUCCAGUGUGACAUCAAUGCAAAGCACAGUUGGACAGUCUUUUGCAAGUUCAUUGCUGCUGUCACCAUCAUCGGUUGCAGUAUUGUUGACUGAUGGUAUUAGCAGGGAAAGCAGCAGAUCGUUAUCACCAGUAAUAGUGUCCAGUUUGGCAUCGGAUGAGAGUAUAGUGAAGGCAUCUUCAGAGAGGUCAUUGCUGGAAGCGCCAUCGUCGGUAGUGAAAUCGUCGACUUUUGAUGUAAGCAGUACAAUCAGUGUAUCCCCAUCUUCCAUAGUGGUAUCCAUUAUGACUUCGGAGCAAAGGACAGUUGAGGUGUCGUCAGAAAGUUCAUUAAUGCGAUCACCUUCAUCGCUAGCAUUUUCGCCUACUUUGAGUGUGAGCAGAGAAAUCCAGAGAUGGUCAUCUGUAAUAGUAGCUUCCAAUCUGUCCAGUCUGCCAUCAGAGUACAGCACAGUCAAACUGUCUUCAGAAGUAUCAGAGUUCGUGUCACCUUCAUUACUUGUGCCAUCAUACACUGUGGGUAGUAGCAGAAAAAGUAGGAGCACCCGGCUACCAACAAUAGAGUCCAGUUUGACAUCAGAACAAAGCACACUGAGGGCAUCUUUAGAAAGCUUGUUGCCAGUAUCACCAUCGUCAGUUGCAUCCUUGUUGACUUUUGUUGUUAGCAGAGAAAUGAAGAUAUCGUCCACAGCAGUUUUAGUCCCCAGUGUGGGAUCAAAGCAAAGCACAGUUGGACAGUUUUUUGGAAGUUCAUUGCUGCUGUCACCAUCAUCGGUUGCAGUAUUGUCGAGUGAUGGUAUUAGGGGGGAAAGCACCAGAUCGUUAUCAGAAGUAAUAGUGUCCAGUUUUGUAUCAGAUAAGAGUGCAGUGAAGGCUUCCUCAGAGAGGUCAUUGCUGGAAACGUCAUCCUCGGUAGUGAAAUCGUCGACUUUUGAAGUGAGCAGUGCAAUCAGUGUAUCCCCAUCUUCCAUAGUGGUAUCCAGUAUGACUUCGGAGCAAAGGAGAGUUGAGGUGUCAUCAGAUAGGUCAGUGUUGGGAUCACUUUCAUCGGUAGCAUUUUCGCGUACUUUGAGUGUGAGGAGAGAAAGCCAGAGAUCGUCAUCUUUAAUAGUAGCUUCUAGUCUGUUCAAUCUGCCAUCAGAGCACAGCACAGUCAAACUGUCUUCAGAGAGAUCAGAGCUCAUGUCACCAUCAUUGCUUGUGCCAUCGUCCACUGUGGGUAGUAGCAGAGAAAAUAGCAGCUCCCAGAUAGCAACAAUAGACUCUAGUGUGACAUCAGAACAAAACACACUGAGAGCAUCUUUAGAAAGCUCGUUGCUAGGAUCAUUAUCGUCAGUUGCGUCCUUGUCGACUUUUGCUGUUAGCAGAGAGAGCAAGAGAUCGUCAUCAGCAGUUUUAGUCUCCACUCUGCUAUCAAAGGAAAGGACAGUUGCACAGUCUUUUGAAGGUUCAUUGCUGCUGUCACCAUCAUCGGUUGCAGUAUUGUCCACUGCUUAUAUUAACAGGGAAAGCAGCAGAUCGUUAUCACCAGUAAUAGUGCCCAGUUUUGUAUCGGAUGAGAGAACAGUGAAAGCAUCGUCAGAGAGGUCAUUGCUGGAAACGCCAUCUUUGGUAGUGAAAUCGUCGACUUUUCAUGUGAGCAGUGCAAUCAGUGUAUUCCCAUCUUCUUUAGUGGUAUCCAGUAAGACUUCGGAGCAAAGGACAGUUGAGGUGUCAUCAGAAAGGUCAGUGUUGGGAUCACCUUUAUCGGUAGCAUUUUCGCCUACUUUGAGUGUGAGCAGAGAAAGCCAGAGAUCGUCAUCUUUAAAAGUAGCCUUCAGUCUGUCCAAUCUGCCAUCAGAGCACAGCAGAGUCAAACUGUCUUCAGAGAGAUCAGUGCUCGUGUCACCUUCAUUGCUAGUGCCAUUGUCCACUGUGGAUAGUAGCAGAGAAAGCAGGAGCUCCAUGUUAGCAGCAAUAGAGUCCAGUGUGACAUCAGAACAAAGCACACUGAGAGCAUUUUUAGAAAGCUCGUUGCCAGUAUCAACAUCGUCAGUUGUGUCCUUGUCGAAUAUUGUUGUUAGCAGAGAGAGCAAGAGAUCGUCAUCAGCAGUUUUAGUCUCCAAUGUGGCAUCAAAGCAAAGCACAGUUGGGCAGUCGUUUGCAAGUUCAAUGAUGCUGUCACCAUCAUCGGUUGCAGUAUUGUCGACUGAUACUAUUAGCAGGGAAAGCAGCAGAUCGUUACCAGCAGUAACAGUGUCCAGUUUGGCAUCGGAUGAGAGUACAGUGAAGGCGUCUUCAGAGAGGUCAUUGCUGGAAUCGCCAUCCUUGGCAGUGAAAUCGUCGACUUUUGAUAAGAGCAGUGCAAUCAGUGUAUCCCCAUCUUCCAUAGUGGUAUCCAGUAAGACUUCGGAGCAACGUACAGUUGAAGUGUCGUCAGAAAGGUUAAGGUUGGGAUCACCUUCAUCGGCACCAUUUUCGCGUACUUUGAGUGUGAGCAGAGAAAGCCAGAGAUUGUCAUCUUCAAUAGUAGGUUCCAGUCUGUCCAGUCUAGCAUCAGAGCACAGCACAGUCAAACUGUCUUCAGAGAGAUUAGAAUUCGUGUCACCCUCAUUGCUUUUGCCAUUGUCCACUGUGGGUAGUACCAAAGAAAGCAGGAGCUCCCUGUUAGCAACAAUAGAGUCCAGUGUGACAUCAGAACAAAGCACACUGAGAGCAUCUUUAGAAAGCUCGUUGCCAGUAUCACCAUCGUCAGUUGUGUCGUUGUCGACUUUUGUUGUUAGUAGAGAGAGCAAGAGAUCAUCAUCAGCAGUUUUAGUCUCCAAUGUGGCAUCAAAGCAAAGCACAGUUGGACAGUCUUUUCCAAGCUCAUUGCUGCUGUCACCAUCAUCGGUUGCAGCAUUGUUGACUGAUUAUAUUAGCAGGGAAAGCAGCAGAUCGUUAUCACCAGUAAUAGUGUCCAGUUUUGCAUCCGAUGAGAGUAUAGUGAGGGCAUCUUCAGAGAGGUCGUUGCUGGAAGCGCCAUCCUUGGCAGUGAAAUCGUCGACUUUUGAUAAGAGCAGUGCAAUCAGUGUAUCCCCAUCUUCCAUAGUGGUAUCCAGUAAGACUUCGGAGCAACGUACAGUUGAAGUGUCGUCAGAAAGGUCAAGGUUGGGAUCACCUUCAUCGGCACCAUUUUCGCGUACUUUGAGUGUGAGCAGAGAAAGCCAGAGAUCGUCAUCUUCAAUAGUAGCUUCCAGUCUGUCCAGUCUGCGAUCAGAGUACAGCACAGUCAAACUGUCUUCAGAGAGACCAGAGUUCGUGUCACCUUCAUUGCCUGUGCCAUCGUCCACUGUGGGUAGUAGCAGAGAAAGUAGCAGCUCCCAGCUAGCAACAAUAGAGUCCACUGUGACAUCAGAACAGAGCACACUGAGAGCAUCUUUAGAAAGGUCGUUGCCAGAAUCACCAUCGUCAGUUGCAUCCUUGUCGACUUUUUUUGUUAGCAGAGAGAGCAAGAGAUCGUCAUCAGCAGUUCUAGUCUCCAGUGUGGCAUCAAAGCAAAGCACAGUUGCACAGUCUUUUGCAAGUUUAUUGUUGCUGUCACCAUCAUCGGUUACAGUACUGUUGACUGAUGGUAUUAGCAGGGAAAGCAGCAGCUCGUUAUCACCAGUAAUACUGUCCAGCUUUGUAUUGGAUGAGAGUACAAUGAAGGCGUCUUCAGAGAGGUCAUUGCUGGAAACACCAUCGUCGGUAGUGAAAUUGUCGACUUUUGCUGUGAGCAGUGUAAUAAGUGUAUCCCCAUCCUCCAUACUGGUAUCCAGUCAGACUUCGGAGCAAAGGGCAAAUGAGGUGUCUUCAGAAAGGUCAGGGUUGGGAUCACCUUCAUCGGUACCAUUUUCGCGUACUUUGAGUGUGAGCAAGGAAAGCGAGAGAUCGUCAUCUUCAAUAGUAGCUUCCAGUCUGUCUAGUCUACCAUCAGAGCACAGCACAGUCAAACUGUUUUCAGAGAGAUCAGAGUUCGUGUCACCUUCAUUGCUUGUGCCAUCGCCCACUGUGGGUAGUAGCAGAGAAAGCAGGAACUCCCUGUUAGCAACAAUAGAGUCCAGUAUGACACCAGAACAAAGCACACUGAGAGCAUCUUUAGAAAGCUCGUUGCCAGUAUCACCAUCUUCAGUUGUGUCGUUGUCGACUUUUGUUGUUAGUAGAGAGAGUAAGAGAUCCUCAUCAGCAGUUUUAGUCUCCAGUGUGGCAUCAAGGCAAAGUACAGUUGGACAGUCCUUUGCAAGUUCAUUGCUGCUGUCACCAUCAUCGGUUGCAGUAUUGUUGACUGAUUAUAUUAGAAGGGAAAGCAGCAGAUCUUUAUCACCAGUAAUAGUGUCCAGUUUGGCAUCGGAUCAGAGUACAGUGACGGCGUCUUCAGAGAUGUCAUUGGUGGAAGUGCCAUCGUCGGUAGUGAAAUCGUCGACUUUUGAUGUGAGCAGUGCAAUCAGUGUAUCCCCAUCCUUCAUAGUAGUGUUCAGUAAGACUUCAGAGGAAAGGACAGUUGAGGUUGCAUCAGAAAGGUCAGUGUUGGGAUCACCUUCAUCAGUAACAUUUUGGCCUACUUUGAGUGUGAGCAGAGAAAGCCAGAGAUCGUCAUCUUCAAUAUUAACUUCCAGUCUGUCCAGUCUACCAUCAGAGCACAGGACAGUCAAACUAUCUUCAGAGAGAGCAGACUUCGUGUCACCUUCAUUGCUUGUGCCAUCGUCCACUGUGGGUAGUAGCAGAGAAAGUAGCAACUCCCAGUUAGCAACAAUAGAGUCCAGUGUGAUAUCAGAACAAAGCACAAUGAGAGAAUCUUUAGAAAGCUUGUUGCUAGUAUCACCGUCGUCAUUUGCGUUCUUGGUAACUUUUGUUGUUAGUAGGGAGAGCAAGAGAUCGCCAUCAGCAGUUUUAGUUUCCAGUGUGACAUUAAAGCAUAGCACAGUUGCACAGUCUUUUGCUAGUUCAUUGCUGCUGUCACCAUCGUCGGUUCCAGUAUUGUCAAGUGAUGGUAUUAGAAGGGAAAGCAGCAGAUCGUUAUCACCAGUAAUAGUGUCCAGUUUGGCAUCGGAUGAGAGUAUGGUGAGGGUGUCUUCAGAGAUGUCAUUGCUAGAAGUGCCAUCGUCGGUAGUGAAAUCGUCGACUUUUUAUGUGAGCAGUAGAAUCAGUGUAUCCCCAUCCGCCAUAGUAGUAUUCAGUAAGACUUCGGAGCAAAGGACAGUUGAGGUGUCAACAGAAAGGUCAGUGUUGGGAUCACCUUCAUCGGUAGCAUUCUUGCCUACUUUGAGUGUGAGCAGAGAAAGCCAGAGAUCGUCAUCUUCAAUAGUAACUUCCAGUCUGUCCAGUCUGCCAUCAGAGCACAGCACAGUCAAACUGUCUUCAGAGACAUCGGAGUUCGUGUCACCUUCAUUGCUUGUGCCAUCAUCCACUGUGGGUAGUAGCAGAGAGAGCAGCAGCUCCCUGUUAGCAAUAAUAGAGUCCAGUGUGACAUCAGAACAAAGCACACUGAGAGCAUCUUUAGAAAGCUCGUUGCCAGUAUCACUAUCGUCAGUUGCGUCCUUGUCGACUUUUGUUUUUAGCAGAGACAGGAAGAGAUCAUCACCAGCAGUUUUAGUCUCCAACGUGGCAUCAAAGGAAAGCACAGUUGGACAGCCUUUUGCAAGUUCAAUGCUGUUGUCACCAUCAUCAGUUGCAGUAUGGUCGACUGAUGAUAUUAACAGGGAAAGCAGGAGAUCGUUUUCACCACUAAUAGUGUCCAGUUUGGCAUCGGAUCAGAGUACAGUGAAAGUGUCUUCAGAGAGGUCAUUGCUUGAAGCGCCAUCGUCGUCAGUGAAAUCGUCGACGUUUUAUGUGGGCAGUACAAUCAGUGUAUCCCCAUCUUCCAUAGUGGUAUUCAGUAAGACUUUGAAGCAAAGGACAGUGGAGGUGUCGUCAGAAAGGUCAGGGUUGGGAUCACCUUCAUCGGUGGCAUUUUCAUCUACUUUGAGUAUGAGCAGAGAAAGCCUGAGAUCGUCAUCUUUGAUAGUAGCUUCCAGUCUGUCCAGUCUACCAUCAGAGCACAGCAUAGUGAAACUGUCUUCAGAGAGAUCAGGGCUCGUGUCACCUUCAUUGCUUGUGCCAUAUUCCACUGUGGGUAGUAGGAUAGAAAGCAGGAGCUUCGUGUUAGCAACGAUAGACUCCAGUGUGACAUCAGAACAAAGCACACCGAGAGCAUCUUUAGAAAGCUCGUUGCUUGUAUCACCGUCGUCAUUUGCGUCCUUGGCGACUUUUGUUGUCAGUAGGGAGAGCAAGAGAUCGCCAUCAGCAGUUUUAGUCUCCAGUGUGGCAUUAAAGCAUAGCACAGUUGGACAGUCUUUUGCUAGUUCAUUGCUGCUGUCACCAUCAUCGGUUCCAGUAUUGUCAAGUGAUGGUAUUAGAAGGGAAAGCAGCAGAUCGUUAUCACCAGUAAUAGUGUCCAGUUUGGCAUCGGAUGAGAGUACAGUGAAGGUGUCUUCAGAGAGGUCAUUGCUUGAAGCGCCAUCGUCGUCAGUGAAAUCGUCGACGUUUUAUGUGGGCAGUACAAUCAGUGUAUCCCCAUCUUCCAUAGUGGUAUUCAGUAAGACUUUGAAGCAAAGGACAGUGGAGGUGUCGUCAGAAAGGUCAGGGUUGGGAUCACCUUCAUCGGUGGCAUUUUCAUCUACUUUGAGUAUGAGCAGAGAAAGCCUGAGAACGUCAUCUUUGAUAGUAGCUUCCAGUCUGUCCAGUCUACCAUCAGAGCACAGCAUAGUGAAACUGUCUUCAGAGAGAUCAGGGCUCGUGUCACCUUCAUUGCUUGUGCCAUUGUCCACUGUGGGUAAUAGGAUAGAAAGCAGGAGCUUCCUGUUAGCAACGAUAGACUCCAGUGUGACAUCAGAACAAAGCACACCGAGAGCAUCUUUAGAAAGCUCGUUGCUAGUAUCACCGUCGUCAUUUGCGUCCUUGGCGACUUUUGUUGUCAGUAGGGAGAGCAAGAGAUCGCCAUCAGCAGUUUUAGUCUCCAGUGUGGCAUUAAAGCAUAGCACAGUUGGACAGUCUUUUGCUAGUUCAUUGCUGCUGUCACCAUCAUCGGUUCCAGUAUUGUCAAGUGAUGGUAUUAGAAGGGAAAGCAGCAGAUCGUUAUCACCAGUAAUAGUGUCCAGUUUGGCAUCGGAUGAGAGUAUGGUGAAGGCGUCUUCAGAGAUGUCAUUGGUGGAAGCGCCAUCGUCGGUAGUGAAAUCGUCGACUUUUGAUGUGAGCAGUACAAUCAGUGUAUCCCCAUCCGCCAUAGUAGUAUUCAGUAAGACUUCGGAGCAAAGGACAGUUGAGGUGUCAACAGAAAGGUCAGUGUUGGGAUCACCUUCAUCGGUAGCAUUCUCGCCUACUUUGAGUGUGAGCAGAGAAAGCCAGAGAUCGUCAUCUUCAAUAGUAACUUCCAGUCUGUCCAGUCUGGCAUCAGAGCACAGCGCAGUUAAACUGUCUUCACAGACAUCAGAGUUCGUGUCACCUUCAUUGCUUGUGCCAUUGACCACUGUGGGUAGUAGCAGAGAGAGCAGCAGCUCCCUGUUAGCAAUAAUAGAGUCCAGUGUGACAUCAGAACAAAGCACACUGAGAGCAUCUUUAGAAAGCUCGUUGCCAGUAUCACCAUCGUCAUUUUCGUCCUUGUCGACUUUUGUCGUUAGUAGAGAGAGGAAGAGAUCGUCAUCAGCAGUUUUAGUCUCCAGUGUCGCAUUAAAGCAAAGCACAGCUGGAAAGUCUUUUGCAAGUUCAUUCCUUUUGUCACCAUCAUCGGUUGCAGUAUUGUGGACUGAUUAUAUUAGCAGGGAAAGCAGCAGAUCGUUAUUACCAGUAAUAGUGUCCAGUUUGGCAUCGGAUCAGAGUACAGUGAAGGCGUCUUCAGAGAUGUCAUUGCUGGAACUGCCAUUCUCGGUAGUGAAAUUGUCGACUUUUGAUGUGAGCAGUGCAAUCAGUGUAUCCCCAUCCUUUAUAGUAGUAUUCAGUAAGACUUCAGAGCAAAGGACAGCUGAGGUGUCAUCAGAAAGGUCAGUGUUGGGAUCACCUUCAUCAGUAGCAUUUUUGUCUACUUUGAGGGUGAGCAGAGAAAGCCAGAGUUCGUCAUCUUCAAUAGUAGCUUCCAGUCUGUCCAGUCUGCGGUCAAAGCAAAGGACAGUCAAACUCUCUUCAAAGAGAUCGGAGUUCGUGUCACCUUCAUUCCUUGUGCCACCGUCGACAGUGGUUAGUAGCAGAAAAAGUAGCAACUCCCAGUUAGCAACAAUAGAGUCCAGUGUGACAUCAGAACUAAGCACACUGAGAGCAUCUUUAGAAAGCUCGUUGCCAGUAUCACCAUCGUCAGUUGUGUCCUUGUCGACUUUUGUUGUUAGCAGAGAGAGCAAGAGAUCGUCAUCAGCAGUUUUAGUCUCCAGUGUGGCAUCAAAGCAAAGCACAGUUGCACAGUCUUUUGGAAGUUUAUUGCUGCUGUCACCAUCAUCGGUUGCAGUAUUGUCGAGUAAUGGUAUUAGCAGGGAAAGCAGCAGAUCGUUAUCACCAGUAAUAGUGUCCAGUUUGGCAUCCGAUGAGAGUAUAGUGAAGGCAUCUUCAGAGAGGUCUAUGCUGGAAGCGCCAUCGUUGGUAGUGAAAUCGUCGACUUUUGAUGUGAGCAGUACAAUCAGUGUAUCCCCAUCUUCCAUAGUGGUAUCCAGUAUGACUUUGGAGCAAAGGACAGUUGAGGUGUCGUCAGAAAGGUCAUUAAUGCGAUCACCUUCAUCGCUAGCAUUUUCGCCUACUUUGAGUGUGAGCAGAGAAAUCCAGAGAUCGUCAUCUGUAAUAGUAGCUUCCAGUCUGUCCAGUCAACCAUCAGAGUACAGCACUGUCAAACUGUCUUCAGAGGUAUCAGAGUUAGUGUCACCUUCAAUGCUUGUGCCAUCGUCCACUGUGGGUAGUAGCAGAGAAAGUUGGAGCUCCCAGCUAGCAACAAUAGAGUCCAGUGUGACAUCAGAACAAAGCACACUGAGAGCAUCUUUAGAGAGCUCGUUGCCAGUAUCACCAUCGUCAGUUGCAUCCUUGUCGACUUUUGUUGUUAGCAGAGAGAGGAAGAUAUCGUCAUCAGCAGUUUUAGUAUCCAGUGUGGGAUCAAAGCAAAGCACAGUUGGACCGUUUUUUGGAAGUUCAUUGCUGCUGUCACCAUCAUCGGUUGCAGUAUUGUCGAGUAGUGGUAUUAGGAGGGAAAGCACCAGAUCGUUAUCACAAGUAAUAGUGUCCAGUUUUGUAUCGGAUAAGAGUACAGUGAAGGCGUCUUCAGAGAGGUCAUUGCUUGAAACGUCAUCCUUAGUAGUGAAAUCGUCGACUUUUGAAGUGCGCAGUACAAUCAGUGUAUCCCCAUCUUCCAUAGUGGUAUCCAGUAUGACUUCGGAGCAAAGGAGAGUUGAGGUGUCAUCAGAAAGGUCAGUGUUGGGAUCACUUUCAUCGGUAGCAUUUUUGCGUAUUUUGAGUGUGAGCAGAGAAAGCCAGAGAUUGUCAUCUUCAAUAGUAGCUUCUAGUCUCUUCAAUCUGCCAUCAGAGCACAGCACAGUCAAACUGUCUUCAGAGAGAUCAGAGCUCGUGUCACCAUCAUUGCUUGUGCCAUCGUCCACUGUGGGUAGUAGCAGAGAAAAUAGCAGCUCCCAGAUAGUAACAAUAGAGUCUAGUGUGACAUCAGAACAAAACAGACUGAGAGCAUCUUUAGAAAGCUCGUUGCUAGGAUCAUUAUCGUCAGUUGCGUCCUUGUCGACUUUUGCUGUUAGCAGAGAGAGCAAGAGAUCGUCAUCAGCAGUUUUAGUCUCCAGUCUGCUAUCAAAGCAAAGCACAGUUGCACAGUCUUUUGCAAGUUCAUUGCUGCUUUCACCAUCAUUGGUUGCAGUAGUGUCCACUGCAUCAAAGCAAAGCACAGUUAGACAGUCUUUUGCAAGUUCAUUGCUGAUGUCACCAUCAUCUGCUGCAGUAUUGUUGACUGAUUAUAUUAGCAAGGAAAGCAGCAGAUCGUUAUCAGCAGUAAUAGUGUCCAGUUUUGCAUCCGAUGAGGGUAUAGUGAAGGCGUCUUCAGAGAAGUCAUUGCUGGAAACGGCAUCCUCGGUAGUUAAAUUAUCGACUUUUGAUGUGAGCAGUGCAAUCAGUGUAUCCCCAUCCUCCAUAGUAGUAUUCAGUAGGAGUUCGGAGCAAAGGCCAGUUGAGGUGUCAUCAGAAAGGUCAGUGUUGCGAUUACCUUCAUCGGUAGCAUUUUCGACUACUUUUAGUGUGAGCAGAGAAAGCCAGAGUUCGUCAUCUUCAAUAGUAGCUUCCAGUCUGUCCAGUCUGCCAUCAGAGUACAGCACAUUUAAACUGUCUUCAGAGAGACCAGAGUUAGUGUCACCUUCAUUGCUUGUGCCAUCGUCCACUGUGGGUAGUAGCAGAGAAAGUAGCAGCUCCCAGCUAGCAACAAUAGAGUCCACUGUGACAUCAGAACAAAGCACACUGAGAGCAUCUGUAGAAAGCUCGUUGCUAGGAUCAAUAUCGUCAGUUGCAUCCUUGUCGACUCUUUUUGUUAGCAGAGAGAGCAAGAGAUCGUCAUCAGCAGUAUUAGUCUCCAGUAUGGCAUCAAAGGAAAGCACAGUUGCACAGUCUUUUGGAAGUUUAUUGCUGCUGUCACCAUCAUCAGUUACAGUAUUGUUGACUGAUGGUAUUAGCAGGGAAAGCAGCAGCUCGUUAUCACCAGUAAUAGUGUCCAGCUUUGUAUUGGAUGAGAGUACAGUGAAGGCGUCUUCAGAGAGGUCAUUGAGGUCGGAGGAAAGGAUAGUGGAGGUGUCGUCAGAAAGGUCAGGGUUGGGAUCACCUUCAUCGGUGGCAUUUUCGCCUACUUUGAGUAUGAGCAGAGAAAGCCUGAGAUCGUCAUCUUUAAUAGUAGCUUCCAGUCUCUCCAGUCUACCAUCAGAGCACAGCAUAGUGAAGCUGUCUUCAAAGAGAUCAGGGUUCGUGUCACCCUCAUUGCUUGUGCCAUUGUCCACUGUGGAUAGUAGGAUAGAAAGCAGGAGCUUCCUGUUUGCAACAAUAGACUCCAGUGUGAGAUCAGAACAAAGCACACGGAGAGCAUCUUUAGAAAGCUCUUUGCUAGUAUCACCGUCGUCAUUUGCGUCCUUGGCGACUUUUGUUGUCAGUAGGGAGAGCAAGAGAUUGCCAUCAGCAGUUUUAGUCUCCAGUGUGGCAUUAAAGCAUAGCACAGUUGGACAGUCUUUUGCUAGUUCAUUGCUGCUGUCACCAUCAUCGGUUCCAGUAUUGUCAAGUGAUGGUAUUAGAAGGGAAAGCAGCAGAUCGUUAUCACCAGUAAUAGUGUCCAGUUUGGCAUCGGAUGAGAGUAUGGUGAAGGCGUCUUCAGAGAUAUCAUUGGUGGAAGCGCCAUCGUCGGUAGUGAAAUCGUCGACUUUUUAUGUGAGCAGUACUAUCAGUGUAUCCCCAUCCGCCAUAGUAGUAUUCAGUAAGACUUCGGAGCAAAGGACAGUUGAGGUGUCAACAGAAAGGUCAGUGUUGGGAUCACCUUCAUCGGUAGCAUUCUCGCCUACUUUGAGUGUGAGCAGAGAAAGCCAGAGAUCGUCAUCUUCAAUAGUAACUUCCAGUCUGUCCAGUGUGCCAUCAGAGCACAGCACAGUCAAACUGUCUUCAGAGACAUCAAGGUUCGUGGCACCUUCAUUGCUUGUGCCAUCGUCCACUGUGGGUAGUAGCAGAGAGAGUAGCAGCUCCCUGUUAGCAAUAAUAGAGUCCAGUGUAACAUCAGAAGAAAGCACACUGGGAGCAUCUUUAGAAAGCUCGUUGCCAGUAUCACCAUCGUCAGUUGCGUCCUUGUCGACUGUUGUUGUUAGCAGAGAGAGGAAGAGUUCAUCAUCAGCAGUUUUAGUCUCCAGUGUGGCAUCAAAGGAAAGCACAGUUGGACAGCCUUUUGCAAGUUCAAUGUUGCUGUCACCAUCAUCGGUUGCAGUAUUGUCGACUGAUGUUAUUAACAGGGAAAGCAGCAGAUCGUUUUCACCACUAAUAGUGUCCAGUUUGGCAUCGGAUCAGAGUACAGUGAAGGUGUCUUCAGAGAGGUCAUUGCUGGAAGGGCCAUCCUCGUCAGUGAAAUCGUCGACUUUUUAUGUGGGCAGUACAAUCAGUGUAUCCCCAUCUUCCAUAGUGGUAUCCAGUAAGACUUUGAAGGAAGGGACAGUGGAGGUGUCGUCAAAAAGAUCAGGGUUGGGAUCACCUUCAUCGGUGGUAUUUUCGCCUACUUUGGGUAUGGGCAGAGAAAGCCUGAGAUCGUCACCUUUAAUAGUAGCUUCCAGUCUGUCCAGUCUAUCAUCAGAGCACAGCAUAGUGAAACUGUCUUCAGAGAGAUCAGGGUUCGUGUCACCUUCAUUGCUUGUGCCAUUGUCCACUGUGGGUAGUAGGAUAGAAAGCAGGAGCUUCCUGUUAGCAACAAUAGAGUCCAGUGUGACAUCAGAACAAUGGACACCGAGAGCAUCUUUAGAAAGCUCGUUGCUAGUAUCACCGUCGUCAUUUGCGUCUUUGGCGACUUUUGUUGUCAGCGGGGAGAGCAAGAGAUCGCCAUCAGCAAUUUUAGUCUCCAGUGUGGCAUUAAAGCAUAGCACAGUUGGACAGUCUUUUGCUAGUUCAUUGCUGCUGUCACCAUCAUCGGUUCUAGUAUUGUCAAGUGAUGGUAUUAGAAGGGAAAGCAGCAGAUCGUUAUCACCAGUAAUAGUGUCCAGUUUGGCAUCGGAUGAGAGUAUGGUGAAGGCAUCUUCAGAGAUGUCAUUGCUGGAAGCGCCAUCGUCGGUAGUGAAAUCGUCGACUUUUUAUGUGAGGAGUACAAUCAGUGUAUCCCCAUCCGCCAUAGUAGUAUUCAGUAAGACUUCAAAGCAAAGGACAGUUGAGGUGUCAACAGAAAGGUCAGUGUUGGGAUCACCUUCAUCGGUAGCAUUCUCGCCUACUUUGAGUGUGAGCAGAGAAAGCCAGAGAUCGUCAUCUUCAAUAGUAACUUCCAGUCUGUCCAGUCUGCCAUCAGAGCACAGCACAGACAAACUGUCUUCAGAGACACUAGAGUUCGUGUCACCUUCAUUGCUUGUGCCAUCGUCCACUGCGGGUAGUAGCAGAGAGAGUAGCAGCUCCCUGUUAGCAAUAAUAGAGUCCAGUGUGACAUCAGAACAAAGCACACUGAGAGCAUCUUUAAAAAGCUCGUUGCCAGUAUCAGCAUCGUCAGUUGCAUCCUUGUCGACUUUUGUUGUUAGCAGAGAGAGGAAGAGAUCAUCAUCAGCAGUUUUAGUCUCCAGUGUGGCAUCAAAGGAAAGCACAGUUGGACAGCCUUUUGCAAGUUCAAUGCUGCUGUCACCAUCAUCGGUUACAGUAUUGUCGACUGAUGAUAUUAACAGGGAAAGCAGGAGAUCGUUUUCACCACUAAUAGUGUCCAGUUUGGCAUCGGAUCAGAGUACAGUGAAGGUGUCUUCAGAGAGGUCAUUGCUGGAAGUGCCAUCGUCGUCAGUGAAAUCGUCGACUUUUUAUGUGGGCAGUGCAAUCAGUGUAUCCCCAUCUUCCAUAGUGGUAUCCAUUAAGACUUCGGAGCAAGGGACAGUGGAGGUGUCGUCAGAAAGGUCAGUGUUGGGAUCACCUUCAUCGGUAGCAUUUUCGUCUACUCUGAGUGUGAGCAGGGAAAGCCAGAGAUCGUCAUCUUCAGUAGUAGCUUCCAGUGUGUCCAGUCUACCAUCAAAGCACAGCAUAGUAAAACUGUCUUCAGAGAUAUCAGAGUUCGUGUCACCUUCAUUGCUUAUGUCAUCGUCCACUGUGGGUAGUAGGAGAGAAAUCAGGAACUCCCUGUUAGCAACAAUAGAGUCCAGUGUGGCAUCAGAAGAAAGUACACUGAGAGCAUCUUUAGAAAGCUCGUUGCCAGUAUCACCAUCGUCAGUUGCAUCCUUGUCGACUUUUGGUGUUAGCAGAGAGAGCAAGAGAUCGCCAUCAUCGGUUUUUGUCUCCCGUGUGGCAUCAAAGCAAAGGACAGUUGGACAGUCUUUAGCAGGUUCAUUGCUGCUGUCACCAUCAUCGGUUGCAGUAUUGUCGAGUGAUGUUAUUAGCAGGGAAAGCAGGAGAUCGUUAGCACCAGUUAUAGUGUCCAGUUUGGCAUCAGAUGAGAGUAUAAUGAAGGCGUCUUCAGAGAUGUCAUUGCUGGAAGCGCCAUCGUCGGUAGUGAAAUCGUCGACUUUUUAUGUGAGGAGUACAAUCAGUGUAUCCCCAUCCGCCAUAGUAGUAUUCAGUAAGACUUCGGAGGAAAGGACAGUUGAGGUGUCAUCAGAAAGGUCAGUGUUGGGAUCACUUUCAUCGCUAGCAUUUUCGCCUACUUUGAGUGUGAGCAGAGAAAGCCAGAGAUCGUCAUCUUCAAUAGUAACUUCCAGUCUGCCAUCAGAGCACAGCAUAGUCAAACUGUCUUCAGAGACUUCAGAGUUCGUGUCAUCUUCAUUGCUUCUGCCAUCGUCCACUGUGGGUAGUAGCAGAGAGAGUAGCAGCUCCCUGUUAGCAGUAAUAGAGUCCAGUGUGAGAUCAGAACAAAGCACACUGAGAGCAUCUUUUAAAAGCUCGUUGCUAGUAUCAGCAUCGUCAGUUUCGUCAUUGUCGCCUUUGGUUGUUAGCAGAGAGAGGAAGAGAUCGUCAUCAGCGGUUUUGGUCUCCAGUGUGGCAUCAAAGCUAAGGACAGUUGGACAGCCUUUUGCAAGUUCAAUGCUGCUGUCACCAUCAUCGGUCGCAGUAUUGUCGACUGAUGGUAUUAACAGGGAAAGCAGCAGAUCGUUAUCACCAGUAAUAGUGUCCAGUUUGGCAUCGGAUGAGAGUACAGUGAAGGCGUCUUCAGAGAGGUCAUUGGAAGAAGCGCCAUCGUCGGUAGUGAAAUCGGCGACUUUUUAUGUGAGCAGUACAAUCAGUGUAUCUCCAUCUUCCAUAGUAGUACUCAGUAAGACUUUGGAGCAAAGGACAGUUGAGGUGUCAUCAGAAAGGUCAGUGUUGGGAUCACCUUCAUCGCUAGCAUUUUUGCCUACUUUGAGUGUGAGCAGAGAAAGCCAGAGAUCGUCAUCUUCAAUAGUAACUUCCAGUCUGUCCAGUCUGCCAUCAGAGCACAGCACAGUCAAACUGUCUUCAGAGGCAUCCGAGUUCGUGUCAUUUUCAUUGCUUGUGCCAUCGUCGACUGUGGGUAAUAGCAGAGAAAUUAGCAGCUCCCAGUUAGCAACAAUAGAGUUUAGUGUGACAUCAGAGGAAACCACAUUGAGAGCAUCUUUAGAAAGCUCGUUGCCAGUAUUACCAUCAUCAGUUGCGUCGUUGUCGACUUUUGUUGCUAGCAGAGAGAGGAAGAGAUUGUCAUCAGCAGUUUUAGUCUCCAGUUUGGCAUCAAAGCAAAGCACAGUUGGACAGUCUUUUGCAAGUUCAUUGCUGCUGUCACCAUCAUCGGUUGCAGUAUUGUCGACUGAUUAUAUUAGCAGGGAAAAGAGCCGAUCGUUAUCACCAGCAAUAGUGUCCAGUUUGGCAUCGGAUGAGAUUACAGUGAAGGUGUCUUCAGAGAGGUCAUUGCUGGAAACGCCAUCCUCGUUAGUGAAAUCGGCGACUUUUUAUGUGAGCAGUGCAAUCAGUGUAUCUCCAUCUUCCAUAGUGGUAUCCAGUAGGACUUUGGAGGAAAGGACAUUGGAGGUGUCGUCAGAAAGGUCAGGGUUGGGAUCACCUUCAUCGGUAGCAUUUUUGCCUACUUUGAGUGUGAGCAGAGAAAGCCAAAGAUCGUCAUCUUUAAUAGUAGCUUCCAGUGUGUUCAGUCUAUCGUCAGAGCACAGCAUAGUAAAACUGUCUUCAGAGAGAUCAGAGUUCGUGUCACCUUCAUUGCCUGUGCCUUGGUCCACUGUGGGUAGUAGGAGAGAAAGAAGGAGCUCCCUGUUAGCAACAAUAGAGUCCAGUGGGGCAUUGGAAGAAAGCACACUGAGAGCAUCUUUAGAAAGCUCGUUGCCAGUAUCACCAUUGUCAGUUGCAUCUUUGUCGAUUUUUGUUGUUAGCAGAGAGAGCAAGAGAUCGUCAUCAUCAGUUUUAGUCUCCAGUGUGGCAUCAAAGCAAAGGACAGUUGAACAGUCUUUUGGAAGUUCAGUGCUGUUGUCACCAUCAUCAUUUGCAGUAUUGUCGAGUUAUGUUAUUAGCAGGGAAAGUAGCAGAUCGUUAUCACCAGUUAUAGUGUCCAGUUUGGCAUCAGAUGAGAGUACAGUGAAGGCGUCUUCAGAGAUGUCAUUGCUGGAAGCACCAUCGUCAGUUGUGAAAUCGUCGACUUUUGAUGUGAGCAGUGCAAUCAGUGUAUCCCCAUCCUCCAUAGUAGCAUUUAUUAAGACUUCGGAGGAAAGGACAGUUGAGGUGUCAUCAGAAAGGUCAGUGUUGCGAUCACCUUCAUUGGUAGCAUUUUUGGCUACUUUGAGUGUGAGCAGAGAAAGGGAGAAGUCGUCAUCUUUAAUUGUAGCUUCCAGUUUGUCCAGUCUACCAUCAGAGCACAGCACAGUCAAACUGUCUUCAGAGAGAUCAGAGUUCGUGUCACCUUCAUUGUUUGUGCCAUCGUCCACUGUGGGUAGUAGCAGAGAAAGCAGCAGCUCACUGUUAGCAACAAUAGAGUCCAGUGUGACAUCAGAACAAAGCACACUCAGAGCAUCUUUAGAAGGCUCGUUGGCGGUAUUACCAUGGUCAGUUGCUUCCUUGUCGACUUUUGUUGUUAGCAGAGAGAGCAAGAGAUCGUCAUCAGCAGUUUUAGUCUCCAGUGUGGCAUCAAAGCGAAGCACAGUUGGACAGUCUUUUGCAAGUUCAUUGCUGCUGUCACCAUCAUCGGUUACAGUAUUGUCGACUGUUUAUAUUAGCAGGGAAAGCAGCAGAUCGUUAUCACCAGUAAUGGUGUUCAGUUUGGCAUCGGAUCAGAGUAUAAUGAAGACGUCUUCAGAGAGGUCAUUGCUGGAAGCGCCAUCCAUGGUAGUCAAAUCGUUGACUUUUGAUGUGAGCAGUGCAAUCACUGUAUCCCCAUCUUCCAUAGUGGUAUCCAGUAAGACUUCGGAGCAAAGCACAGUUGAGGUGUCAUCAGAAAGGUUAGUGUUGGGAUCACCUUCAUCGGGAGCAUUUUCGCGUACUUUGGAUGUGAGCAGAGAAAGGGAGCAGUCGUCAUCUUUAAUAGUAGCUUCCAGUCUGUCCAGUUUGCCAUCAGAACACAGCACAGUCAAACUGUCUUCAGAGAGAUCAGAGUUCGUGUCACCUUCAUUGUUUGUGCCAUCGUCCACUGUGGGUAGUCGCAGAGAAAAUAGCAGCUCUCAGUUAGUAACAAUAGAGUCUAGUGUGACAUCGGAGGAAAGCACAUUGAGAGCAUCUUUAGAAAGUUCGUUGCCAGUAUUACCAUCAUCCGUUGCGUCGUUGUCGACCUUCUUUGUUAGCAGAGAGAGCAAGAGAUCAUCAUCAGCAGUUUUAGUCUCCAGUGUGGCAGCAAAGCAAAGCAUAGUUGGACAGUCUUUUGGAAGCUCAUUGCUGCUGUCACCAUCAUCGGUUGCAGUAUUGUCGACUGAGUAUAUUAGCAGGGAAAGCAGCAGAUCGUUAUCACCACUAAUAGUGUCCAGUCUGGCAUCGGAUCAGAGUAUAGUGAAGGCGUCUUCAGAGAGGUCAUUGCUGGAAGCGCCAUCCACGGUAGUGAAAUCGCCGACUUUUUAUAUGAGCAGUGCAAUCAUUGUAUCCCCAUCUUCCAUAGUGGUAUCCAGUAAGACUUCGGAGCAAAGGACAGUUGAGGCGUCAUCAGAAAGGUUAUUGUUGGGAUCACCCUCAUCUGGAGCAUUUUUGCGUACUUUGAGUGUGAGCAGAGAAAGGGAGCAGUCGUCAUCUUUAAUAGGAGCCUCCGUUCUGUCCAGUCUGCCAUCAGAGCACAGCACAGUCAAACUGUCUUCAGAGAGAUCAGAGUUCGUGUCACCUUCAUUGCGUGUGCCAUCUUCCACUGUGGGUAGUAGCAGAGAAAGCAGCAGCUCACUGUUAGCAACAAUAGAGUCCAGUGUGACAUCAGAAGAAAGCACACUGAGAGCAUCUUUAGAAAGCUCGUUGCCAGUGUCACCAUUGUCAGUUUCGUCCUUGUCGAAUUUUGCUGUUAGCAGAGAGAGCAAGAGAUCGUCAUCAGCGUUUUUAGUCUCCAACGGGGCAUCAAGGCAAAACACAGUUGGACAAUCUUUUACUAGUUCAUUGCUGCUGUCACCAUCAUCGGUUGCAGUACUCUCGACUGAUUAUAUUAGCAGGGAAAGCAGGAGAUCGUUACCACCAGUAAUAGUGUCCAGCUUGGCAUCGGUUGAGAGAACAGUGAAGGCGUCUUCAGAGAGGUCAUUGCUGGAAGCGCCAUCCUCGGUAGUGAAAUCGUCGACUUUUGAUGUGAGCAGUGCAAUCAGUGUAUCCCCAUCCUCCAUAGUAGUAUCCAGUACGACCUCGGAGCCAAGGACAGUUGAGGUGUCAUCAGAAAGGGCAGUGUUGGGAUCACUUUCAUCGGUAGCAUUUUCGCCUACUUUGAGUGUGAGCAGAGAAAGCCAGAGAUCGUCAUCUUCAAUAGUAACUUCCAGUCUGUCCAGUCUGCCAUCAGAGCACAGCACAGUCAAACUGUCUUCAGAGAGAUUAGAGUUCGUGUCACCUUCAUUGCUUGUGCCAUCGUCCACUGUGGGUAGUAGCAGAGAAAGUAGCAGCUCACAGUUAGCAAUAAUAGAGUCCAGUGUGACAACAGAACCAAGCACACUGAGAGCAUCUUUAGAAAGCUCAUUGCCAGUAUUACCAUCGUCAGUUGCCUCAUUGUCGACUCUUUUUGUUAGCAGAGAGAUUAAGAGAUCGCCAUUAGCCGUUUUAGUCUCCAGUGUGGCAACAAAGCAAAACACAGUUGGAAAGUCUUUUGCAAGUUCAAUGCUGCUGUCACCAUCAUCGUCUGCAGUAUUGUCGACUGAUGGUAUUAGCAGGGAAAGCAGCAGAUCAUUAUCACCAGUAAUAGUGUCCAGUUUGGCAUCGGAUGAGAGUACAGUGAAGGCGUCUUCAGAAAGGUCAUUGCUGGAAGCGCCAUCGUCGGUAGUGAAAUCGUCGACUUUUUAUGUGAGCAGUGCAAUCAGUGUAUCCUCAUCUUCCAUAGUAGUAUCCAGUAAGACUUUGGAGCAAAGGACAGUUGAGGUGUCAUCAGAAAGGUUAGUGUUGGGAUCACCUUCAUCGGUAGCAUUUUCGCCUACUUUGAGUGUGAGCAGAGAAAAGGAGAAGUCGUCAUUUUCAAUAGUAGCUUCCAGUCUGUCCAGUCUGCCGUUAGAGCACAGCACAGUCAAAUUGUCUUCAGAGAGAUCAGAGUUCGUGUCACCUUCAUUGCUCGUGCCAUCGUCCACUGUGGGUAGUAGCAGAGAAAGCAGCAGCUUUCUGUUAGCAACAAUAGAGUUCAGUGUGACAUCAGAACAAAGCACAGUGAGAGCAUCUUUAGAAAGCUCGUUGCCAGUAUCACCAUCGUCAGUUGCUUCCUUGUCGACUUUUGUUGUAAGCAGAGAGAGGAAGAGAUCGUCAUCAUCAGUUUUAGUCUCUAGUGUGGCAUCAAAGAAACGCACAGUUGGACAGUCUUUUGCAAGUUCAAUGCUGCUGUCACCAUCAUCGGUUUCAGUAUUGUCGACUGAUGGUAUUAGCAGGGAAAGCAGCAGAUCGUUAUCACCAGUAAUAAUGUCCAAUUUUUUAUCGGAUGAGAGUACAGUGAAGGUGUCUUCAGAAAGGUCAUUGCUGGAAGCGCCAUCCUCGGUAGUAAAAUCGUCGACUUUUGAUGUGAGCAGUACAAUCAGUGUAUCCCCAUCCUCCAUAGUGGUAUCCAGUAAGACAUCGGAGCAAAGGACAAUUGAGUUGUCAUCAGAAAGGUCAGUGUUGGGAUCACCUUCAUCAAUAGCAUUUUUGUCUACUUUGAGUGUGAGCAGAGAAAGCCAGAGUUCAUCACCUUCAAUAGUAGCUUCCAGUCUGUCCAGUCUGCCAUCAGAACAAAGCACAGUCAGACUCUCUUCAAAGAGAUCAGAGUUCGUGUCACCUUCAUUGCUUGUGCCAUCGUCCACUGUGGUUAGUAGCAGAGAAAGUAGCAACUCCCAGUUAGCAACAAUAGAGUCCAGUGUGACAUCAGAACUAAGCACACUGAGAGCAUCUUUAGAAAGCUCGUUGCCAGUAUCACCAUCGUCAGUUGCUUCCUUGUCGACUUUUGUUGUAAGCAGAGAGAGGAAGAGAUCGUCAUCAUCAGUUUUAGUCUCUAGUGUGGCAUCAAAGCAACGCACAGUUGGACAGUCUUUUGCAAGUUCAAUGCUGCUGUCACCAUCAUCGGUUUCAGUAUUGUCGACUGAUGGUAUUAGCAGGGGGAGCAGCAGAUCGUUAUCACCAGUAAUAGUGUCCAGUUUGGCAUCGGAUGAGAGUACAGUGAAGGUGUCUUCAGAAAGGUCAUUGCUGGAAGCGCCAUCCUCGGUAGUAAAAUCGUCGACUUUUGAUGUGAGCAGUACAAUCAGUGUAUCCCCAUCCUCCAUAGUGGUAUCCAGUAAGACAUCGGAGGAAAGGACAGUUGAGGUGUCAUCAGAAAGGUCAGUGUUGGGAUCACCUUUAUCAAUAGCACUUUUGUCUACUUUGAGUGUGAGCAGAGAAAGCCAGAGUUCGUCACCUUCAAUAGUAGCUUCCAGUCUGUCCAGUCUGCCAUCAGAACAAAGCACAGUCAGACUCUCUUCAAAGAGAUCAGAGUUUGUGUCACCUUCAUUCCUUGUGCCAUCGUCCACUGUGGUUAGUAGCAGAGAAAGUAGCAACUCCCAGUUAGCAACAAUAGAGUCCAGUGUGACAUCAGAACUAAGCACACUGAGAGCAUCUUUAGAAAGCUCGUUGCCAGUAUUACCAUCAUCAGUUGCGUCGUUGUCGACUUUUGUUGUUAGCAGAGAGAGGAAGAGAUCGUCAUCAGCAGUUUUAGUCUCCAGUGUGGCAUCAAAGCAAAGCACAGUUGCACAGUCUUUUGGAAGUUUAUUGCUGCUGUCACCAUCAUCGGUUGCAGUAUUGUCGAGUAAUGGUAUUAGCAGGGAAAGCAGCAGAUCGUUAUCACCAGUAAUAGUGUCCAGUUUGGCAUCCGAUGAGAGUAUAGUGAAGGCGUCUUCAGAGAUGUCAUUGCUGGAAGCGGCAUCCUCGGUAGUUAAAUUAUCGACUUUUGAUGUGAGCAGUGCAAUCAGUGUAUCCCCAACCUCCAUAGUAGUAUUCAGUAGGAGUUCGGAGCAAAGGCCAGUUGAGGUGUCAUCAGAAAGGUCAGUAUUGGGAUCACCUUCAUCGGUAGCAUUUUCGCCUACUUUUAGUGUGAGGAGAGAGAGCCAGAGAUCGUCAUCUUCAAUAGUAGCUUCCAGUCUGUCCAGUCUGCCAUCAGAGUACAGCACAGUCAAACUGUCUUCAGAGAGACCAGAGUUCGUGUCACCUUCAUUGCUUGUGCCAUCGUCCACUGUGGGUAGUAGCAGAGAAAGUAGCAGCUCCCAGCUAGCAAUAAUAGAGUCCACCGUGACAUCAGAACAAAGCACACUGAGAGCAUCUUUAGAAAGCUCGUUGCUAGGAUCAAUAUCGUCAGUGGCAUCCUUGUCGACUUUUUUUGUUAGCAGAGAGAGCAAGAGAUCGUCAUCAGCAGUUUUAGUCUCCAGUGUGGCAUCAAAGCAAAGCACAGUUGCACAGUCUUUUGGAAGUUUAUUGCUGCUGUCACCAUCAUCGGUUGCAGUAUUGUCGAGUAAUGGUAUUAGCAGGGAAAGCAGCAGAUCGUUAUCACCAGUAAUAGUGUCCAGUUUGGCAUCCGAUGAGAGUAUAGUGAAGGCAUCUUCAGAGAGGUCAUUGCUGGAAGCGCCAUCGUCGGUAGUGAAAUCGUCGACUUUUGAUGUGAGCAGUACAAUUUGUGUAUCCCCAUCUUCCAUAGUGGUAUCCAGUAUGACUUUGGAGGAAAGGACAGUUGAGGUGUCGUCAGAAAGGUCAUUAAUGCGAUCACCUUCAUCGCUAGCAUUUUCGCCUACUUUGAGUGUGAGCAGAGAAAUCCAGAGAUCGUCAUCUGUAAUAGUAGCUUCCAGUCUGUCCAGUCUGCCAUCAGAGUACAGCACUGUCAAACUGUCUUCAGAGGUAUCAGAGUUCGUGUCACCUUCAAUGCUUGUGCCAUCGUCCACUGUGGGUAGUAGCAGAGAAAGUAGGAGCUCCCAGCUAGCAACAAUAGAGUCCAGUGUGACAUCAGAACAAAGCACACUGAGAGCAUCUUUAGAAAGCUCGUUGCCAGUAUCACCAUCGUCAGUUGCAUCCUUGUCGACUUUUGUUGUUAGCAGAGAGAGGAAGAUAUCGUCAUCAGCAGUUUUAGUCUCCAGUGUGGGAUCAAAGCAAAGCACAGUUGGACAGUUUUUGCAAGUUCAUUGCUGCUGUCACCAUCAUCGGCUGCAGUAUUUUUGA